AUGUCACGAGCGCGUAGGUGUGCUCGGAUCUCAAUUUGGAUAUCGUUAGAGUCCCGAACGGAUAUCGCAUAUCGCGAUCGACGGAUCGUAAAACGGAGUCCCGGAUACUCCGGAAAUGCCAACCCUGGGGUUAGGGUUUUAGUAACCGUCCGAUCCUGCGAUCGUGAGCGAUCCGACCGUCCGAUCUGGACCAAACUUGCAGGACGUGCAUCCUAG